AUGGAUUUCUCUAAAUUCAGCAAGGGUUUCUCUGAUUUCAGUGCGCAGAUUACUCCGUUUGCGUCACGGACCUUCCAGUUUACCAAGGAGCAGUUGGGCCAAGCAGAUGAUCGAACUGAGCUUCCUGCCGACUACAUCGACCUUGAGAAAAAGGUCGAUGCGCUGAAACAAGCCCACCAGAAGAUGCUUGCGGUGACUUCGCAAUAUACCAACGAAGCCUAUGACUAUCCUCCCAACAUCAAGGAGACAUUUCAAGAUCUUGGCCGAACCGUGAGUGAGAAGGUCAGCCUUCUAUCUUCGGCUACAUCUACUGCAGAGGCCCAAGCAGCUCUCGUGGCUCCAGCAUCUGCGAAGCCGCAACCGAAGACUUUCAACCAUGCCAUCUCUCGUGCGAGCUUAUCCAGCAGCCAGCUCCUGCACCAGCACCACACUGGUGCUGGCGAAGAUCCUCUGGCAACAGCUCUCGAGAAAUAUGCACUUGCUAUGGAACGAGUGGGCGACGCACGCCUUGCCCAGGAUUCACAAAUUCAAAGCCGGUUCCUAGCAGGAUGGAACACGACUCUCAAUACCAAUCUUACCUUUGCGGCGCGUGCUAGAAAGAAUGUUGAAAAUUCAAGAUUGACCCUCGAUGCUGUCAAAGCUCGUGUAAAGGGAACAACCUUUAAACUUGGCGGCGGCCACGCUCGGGCUGACCGUCCCGACGAAGCAGAGCUCAGCGCUGAUGCUCAAGAAGAAAUCGAGAAAGCAGAGGACGAAUUCGUGACCCAGACCGAGGAAGCGGUUGGUGUGAUGAAGAACGUUUUGGACACCCCUGAACCACUUCGUAACCUCGCCGAACUUGUUGCUGCCCAAAUGGAAUAUCACAAGAAGGCAUACGAGAUCCUAAGUGAACUCGCUCCGGUCCUCGAGACCCUGCAGACGGAGCAAGAAGCCAGCUACCGAAGAAAUCGUGAUAUGGCUUGA